AUGGACCAAAGUCGACGAACUGAAAUGGCCCUAUCGCAGUCAUUUUUACAAAAGAUAGGUUCCGAUGCUUCUUCGUCAGAUUACACAACAUACCUUCCACAUGAGCCUUUAUAUUACGAAAACCAUUCUUAUCAACACUCACUUCACAAUGAUGCGGAGAAUAAUAAUGGAAUGUUUUGGUCUUAUUCUGCUAAAUUCAAGCGAACUCUCAACCGUGUGACGAUACAGUUCCGUACAAUAAAUACUCAAAAGUUUUGUUCUCAACAAGUUCAUAUAUGUGUCCGACAUUCACGAUGUAGUAGUUCUCCUGUUUGUUAUCCGUUGUCAAUGAUACGUGAGGCUAUUUGUCCAUUAUCAUUGAAUAAAGUAAAUGGAUACGGAAAAGAAUUAAAUCAACUCUGGGUUCCUAAUAGAAUAUCUAUUGAUAAAAAUCAAAAUGUUUACAUCGCUGAUAGUUACAAUGACCGUAUUAUGAAAUGGAAACCGACGCAAAUGCACUAA